CUCUGCCGCUUAAAAUGCCUCACAGUUCAUUCAUUCAUCCCACCUGAAGGUUGCAGACGUUAUCACUGUGCUCACAGCCUGCAAAUCAGUGGGGGAGCUGACCAUGAGAAACACUGGGCUGACUGAUGACCUCCUCGAAACACUAGUCAUCGCACUGGUAAACCACAGCCAAUCGCAAGUGGAAACAAUUAACCUCAAUAUAAAUAACCUUGGCCCGCACAGCGCUGAGCUAUUGGUGGAGCUCCUCAAAGCCAAGCCCUCAAUCAAGUGCCUGCUGUUACACGGAAACAAUUUGGGUGACAAAGGCGUUGGCAUUUUGAUGCACGGACUCAUUGACCUCCUUUUGGCCGAGAAUGCAGAAGAAACCAAGACUGGUAAUGGAGAAGGGGAGCAUUCCGAUCGCCAGAGAAAGAGGCUGCAACUAACUGAACUUGACAUUGGUUCAAAUCACCUCACCAAUGAAGGUCUGAAAUGCGUGGCUAUGUUUCUCAGCAUGAACCCACCCCUGGAAUACUUGGGACUGUCCCGGAACGAUGGUGUGGAUUUGACUGGAUGGAGGGGAUUAUUUGACAUUUUGAAGGAUUGUCGGCACAUCUCCCAUCUCCUCCUUGACGAAAAUGUUCUUCGCAACGAAGGGGCAAAAUACUUUGCAAAAGUGCUCCGUGUUAAUAGACGUCUAUGUAAAGUAGACCUGGACGGGAAUGGAAUAGGAGAUGAAGGAGGUCUAGCUCUGUGUGAAGCCUUGUCUUCCAAUCCUGGCUGGUCCCUCAGAUAUCUGAGUCUUGAUGGAAAUGAGCUCAGCGGUGGAGUGAAGAGAGAUCUGGACGCAUUACUCGCAGAAAAUAAACAGGGGUAGACUACACCAUGGAGACACAAGGAACUGCAGGUGUUGGAAUCUUGAUCAAGAAAUAAACUGAGGAACUCAGGCAGGCAGUAUCUGUGGCGAGAUUAGACAGGUGACAUUUCAGGUCAGGACACUUCUUCAGACUGAUUGUAGCACGGUUCCAACGCUAAAUGUUUAUUCAUUCCCUGACUGUCUGAAGAAGGGUCUGGAACCAAAACAUCACCUAUACACGUCCUCCAGAGAUGUUGCCUGGCCUGCUGUUACUCCAGCAUUUUGUGUUCCUCUACUUCUUGAUUCCGCUACACUGGGUAAAAGAUACAUUCACCAUAUCUAAUACACUAAUGAUUUUGAACACCUCUGUAAGAUCACCGCUCAAGCCCCUGCGCUCCCAGGAAUGAAGUCCUAG